AUGAAUCCUGGAGCAUUUAAUUUAAAUGACUAUCAAUAAGAAUAGAUGGCACAGUAAAGAAAGAAAAAAAUGCUCAUAUUGUUUAUAGCUCUUUCAUCUCUUUAUGUAUUCUCAAGGACUUCAGUUCAAACAUCUUAAUAAAAUUAAUUAAGAGGAAACUCAAGAAAUAAAUAAUAUAAUGAAGAGAAUAUGGGGUUAAUUGAUGACUCUACAAAAGCUUUGAAGUAGUUAGAAGAUAGUGAAUCUACUAUAGAUGGAUAUAAAGAGUUAUACAGAGCUUUUUAUGAAAGAUAUGAAGACGAGUAAAAUGGAAUAGAAAAUCCUACUCCAGAUUUGAAAGGAAAUAGUGCUUCAGAUUUACUAUUUGGUACUCUUUAUUCAUUAAAGAGAAAGCAAUUUGAAGGUGUUUGGAAUUCUGAAAACUCGCAAAAUAUUCUUGGAUUCUUAGAUAAUAAAUAGGGUCAUUUCAACAGCUACAUUGAAAGUUAUAACAAAAGUGAAAUAAGAUUUUAUGUUGCAAUAAGAGAUGAUUAAUACAUUGAUCACAAGUCAAUGAUCGGACUAAUGAUUAUUAAAAGAGGUACUAACUUCACCAUUGUAGACAAAUAAGUUAAAUUUUCGAAUUUAACCCUUAUGUAUAAUUUGUAAAAUGAUUUGCAAUAUAUCUCAAACAACUAUCACAAUGCUACCAUCCCUGUAAACAUGGUUAUCCAAUUUAAUGAAUAGACAGAUUCCGAAAAAUAUAUCAAUAAAUACAGUCCUUACUUGUUUAUCAAAAUCUCGAAUGAAAAUACAGAUGACAAAUUUUCAUCAAUAAACAUUUCUGCCGAAGCUGAUUUAGAAGAUGAAAGUUCCUAAAAAGGUAGAUAGACGAUGUAUUACGCGAUAUUCCUAACUAUAGUAUUAUCUAUUUAAUUCAUCUUUGUGAUUAAGAUGAUGAAGAGCUUUUUAGUUCAGGAUAACGAAGAAUAAAAAUUCUCUCUUCUCUCACUCAGCAUAGUUUUUAUUUGGGACGGAUUUUUUUGUUUCCUUCACCUCUUAUUUGCAAUCAGCCAAGAUCAUUAAUUCCAUUAUUUCAUAACUCCUUGCUUCCUUUACAUGAUUCUUUGGAAUAUUUUUGAAAGAGGUUUAAUUACAAUAGUCUGGAGAAAUAGACACGCAAAUAUAGUUGAUGAAUAAAUAUUAAAUAAAAAGAGAAUUUGCUUUUUUGUCUGCUUAUAUUCUGCUUUGAUAUUCUCUUUCUUCAUCAUUAAAUAGUAUAGAGCAAAAUCCUGGUUACUUUAUCUUGUAAAUCUAUAUUUUGUACCUUAAAUUAUCAGAAACGUUCGUAGAGGAUAAUAAGUUAAAGUAUGCAAAUCAUAUGUUUUUGGUUUUAUGAUGAUAAGAUCUUUAAUAUUGCUUUAUUAUCGCGGAUGUCCAGAAAAUAUAGCUAAGCUCUCACCUUAAUAUUCAACAUGUAUUGGAAUAGUUGUAAUUAUUAUAGCAUAGGUAUUGUUCCUAUAUGCUCAAGAGUAUUUUGGUCCACGUUUCUUUAUCCCUAAAAGAUUCUAAACAGAUUGUUACGAUUACUAUUAUAAGCUACCUCAUUCAUAAGUUGAUUUAGAAAGUUAAGGAUAAGCAGAUGAAUGUACAAUUUGCAUUACUGAAUUAUCUAUGCAACCAGUUCUUUAAUCAAAUUCUAGCUACUUUAAAGAUUUAAUUAUUAAAGCUAAAUAAAAAUAAAAUUAUAUUAUGAAAACACCAUGUGACCACAAAUACCAUAUACCAUGUCUAUUAAAAUGGAUGGAAGUAAAAAUGGAAUGCCCAACUUGCAGAGCUCCUUUGCCACCUAUGGUAUGA